AUGCCGGACAUGAAACGAAAGCAGCGUCCACCGCGGAAGAAGGCUUGCACGAGUUGUACCAGAUCGAAAGUCCGAUGUAAUCUCGAAAGACCCGUCUGUGCCCGGUGCAAGUCGCUCGGUCGGGUCUGCGAAUACACCACACCGAGCUCGACCUCAGAGCCUGCAAACAACAACUCAUUCAAUACUUCUUAUAUACCCAGUCCACCAGUAGACCCGAGUCUCGAUACGACAUCAAUUUCUCUAGCUAGUCCUGAAACUAGAUCUGCCGCCCCAAGCCGGACACAGGAGCCAGAACUCGACUUUACGCAUACAGACCUCGUCCCAAAUAAUGCAGCAGACGAUAUCCGCGACCGCUGGCUCCGACCGUACAUUCUUCCCCCGCUGGGUGGAGAAGAAGUGCCCAAGCUGUAUCAUCCGUUCACCCUGCAGUAUAUCUCCCGCGUUCUGAGCAGCUACCCCCGGCGCAUGGUGCGAGACGGUGAUAUCCCGCCGAUAAUCCAUCACACCCAAGUGUUGAAGGACCAGACGCCUCUUGCGCUGGCGAACUGCUUCACGCUCGUCCGGAUGUGGAUGCAGUCUGCACCGGGCAGCGAGGCGAUUGUUAUACAGACAGUGCAGAAUGAGAUGGAUAGGUUAGCAGAGGACCCUAACCCCGAUUUAAACCCCGAUAUAACCCACCUAUCCACCUUCCAAGCCUACCUCAUCUACUCCCUGCUGCUCUACUUUUCCCCACCAGGCCAAAGCCAAAGCCAAAACCAGGCUCUAGUAACAGACAAGACCAUGAUAACACUCAUGGAACUCGCCUUCCGCACAGCACGACACGGCCUCCUCUCGCGAUCCGAACAGUCUCGCUCAAAACCAACCUGGGAGUCCUGGAUCGUGGCAUCCACCAAACGCCGCGCGAUCUACGUAAUGUACCUCUUCAGCAGCCUGUACAAUGCCGAGCACUCGCUGCCCAAUUUCGUGGCGGAGGAGCUGAGGGGUGUACUCCUGCCGGAGGGACGGGGGGUUUGGGAGGCGGGGUCUCGUGAGGUCUGGGACAGGGAGUAUGAGAGGUAUUUGAACGAGUGGCAGGAUGGGAUGAUGGGGAUUGAGGAGCUGUGGAAGUCGCGGGAGACGGGGUCGAGAGAGCGGAGACUCAGGGUUGAGCGGUGGAUUGCCACUGUCGAUGAGUUUGGGAUGUUUCUGUUUGGCGUCUGUGUGCAUCUGCAUGGGUGUUGA